UUUUAAGAAAGUUUAAUAUUUGGGUCAUCUCAUAAUAUAAGUAGGGGAGAUCGGGGCUAGUUGGCAUUGGCGAUAGAGGCAGGUAGACUAAUCGUUAAUAACUUGGCACGGAUGCGCGCUAGCUUGCGCCAAAAUUUACUAUAGAAACAAGUAUUCCUCCUUCUUCAACUCUGUACUAGACGCCCACAGUCGCAUGUUGUAAAGUUAUACGAGUUUAUCGAAAAAUUGUUUAUAAUAAUGAGGACGUACAAGAGAAAAUCAGAAAGAGCUAAAACGUGCAGAGACGUCAUGGAAAAAGCAUGUCGUGAGAUAAUUUUUAACAAGAAAGGUAUUAUUGCAACCGCUCAAGAGUAUGAUAUACCUUAUAGAACUUUAUAUAGAUAUGUUGCUAAAAUGCGAAAUAAAGUUAAAGAAAGUCCAGACAUCACGAAGUCGGAGUUACUUUUGAACAGUGUCGGAUACAAAAAAACUAGACAAAUUUUUACUGACGAGGAAGAAAACGCUCUAGCUGCUUAUAUAAAAACAGUUGCCGAUAUUAAUUGGAUGACCCCUUAUAAAACAAGAAAAUUUGCAUAUGAGUUUGCUAUAAAAAACAAUAAAGAGAUACCUGAUUCAUGGAAAACGAAAGAAAUUGCUGGACAAGACUGGCUGGAACAGUUUCUUAAACGCAAAACUAUAACAUUGUCAAUUAGGUCGUCACCACAAGCUAAAAGUCUCUCCAGAACCACAUCUUUCGACAGAAAUAAUGUAAAUUUGUUUUUUAACAAGUUAAAAGCUGUAUAUAAGUGUUUACAUCUUGGCCCUGAAGAUAUAUGGAAUGUCGAUGAGACUGGGAUUACGACUGAUGUUCACGUACCUGAUAGAAUAAUUGCACGACGUGACAUGAGACAAUCGGGAAAAAUUACUUCCGAUGAAAGAAAAACAUUGGUCACGGUUGCAAUUGCAGUUUCAGCACUCGGAAAUACAAUUCCACCGUUUUUUAUGUUUCCACGAGAAAAUUAUAAAGAUCAUUUUGUUCAAAGUGGACCUAUGGGAUCAUCUGGUGAUGCCAACAAAUCAGGUUGGAUGAAGGAAGAAAACUUUAUUAAAUUCGCAAGGCAUUUCGUUCGAUACGCGAGGCCAUUCAAAGCAAGACCCGUUCUUCUGUUGUUAGACAAACAUGAUUUAUCUACUGAAGUACUCGACUACUUUGAGAAUAACGGCGUAACUGUCUUGUCCUUCCCUCCUCACUCUAGCCACAAGCUCCAACCACUUGAUAGAUCUGUUUAUGGUCCUUUGAAAAAGUACUACAACACGGCAGCCGAUAAUUGGCUAGCUUGUCAUCCUGGAAAAACUAUAAGUAUUUACGACAUUCCGGAAUUAAUUAAAACUUCACUUCCAUUGGCGACAAGCAGUGAGAAUGUACAAUCUGGAUUCAGAGUUACUGGAAUUUAUCCCUUGAACGAAAAUAUUUUCCCAGAAUCUGGGUUUUCUGAAGCUUAUGUGACAGACAAACCAGUCCCAGUCACUGACAGCAAUCAUAUCAAAACUGAAAAAUCAUCUGCUUCAGAAACUAAUGAAAAUGCUAUUCAAAUAAGGUCUACCUCUAAUACAAACAGGAAUGAUUCAUUGCCUUUAAGUGAAUCAACUAAUCAACCGUCAACUUCUUUUUCGCCAGAAAACAUAUACGAUUACUUUUUAAGCCAAGUAGAACAAAGAAUGACGUCGUCAUAUUGACUAAAAAGUGACGUAAAUAACUGUGAUGUUUUUGUUUCUAAUGUAGAGAUCAGAAUUUUUAUUUUGUGAUUAGAAAGACGAUUUUAUAUUUGAUGAAAACUUAUUUCAGAUCAAUAAUAUGUCAAAAAAA